AUGUCGCAGACAACUGUUACCCCAGAAGUGACAUGGGCUCAGCGCUCCUCGAGCUCUGAUCCUGCCAAGAACUACCUCUACGUCAACAUCAACGUCCCCGAUGUGCCUAAGACCUCUGCCGAUCUCAACAUCACCGCAAACAACGUGUCAUUCACAGGUACCUCGAUUAAGGGCAUCAAGUACCAUGUGUCGCUUGAUCUAUAUGCCGAGAUCGACCCCGAGAACAGCAAGGUGAACCAUACCCCGCGCGGGGUCGAGCUGGUGCUGCGCAAGAAGGACCUCAAGGAAGAGUACUGGCCUCGCUUGCUGAAGGAGAGCAAGAAGGUCCACUUCCUCAAGACCGACUUCGACAAGUGGGUCGAUGAGGACGAGCAGGAUGAGGCUCCUGAAGACGACUACGCCAACAACUUCGGUGGUUUCGGUGAGGACGGUGGUCUCGGUGGUAUUGACUUCUCUAAACUCGGCGGCGCUGCCGGCGGCUUCGGUGCUGACGGUGGUUUCGGCGCUGAGGGUGCCGAGGGUGAGGAGGAUGGAUCGGACGACGAUAUGCCAGAGCUCGAGGGCGACGAGUCUGGUGAGGGAAAGAGCCAGGAGAAGCCAAAGAUCGAGGAGGUCGCUUAA